AUGCAGACAGAGAAUAUGAAGAAGAGGAAAGAAGAAGUAACCGAAAUGAAAGAUGUGGGAAUGCUUGGAACGGAAUCUUUCAGUACAUUAGGCGAAAAAAAGGAGAGAACCGAGAAUAACCUGCUCAGCAAACGCAACUAUGAUGAUUCGCUUAAAGACGCUGGACUCCGCCCUGGGGCAAUGAUAUCGGACUUCUUUUCCCCAUGA